GGUAGCAUGUGUUGGGGUCCAAGGCAGCAGCGCCCUUUAAAUAGUUGUCGUCCAGCUGGUCCUCAAGAAAACUCUACAAGAAGUGGCAGACAAAACCCUAGCUAGUACGUUCUCCGAAUACUCCAACAAAACUGUUCUCAGGAAACUUCCCAUCAAGAUCUUGGUGCCUUUUUGGAUCAACCAAGUAAUUAGCCAAAACGGGUCUUCCUCUGUGGAUGCUUGGGUGGGGUGUGGAUCGGUUACGUGCCGAUAUGAACCGUUUGCUGGCAAUGCUAUUCCACCAGGGAGUGCUAGAUGAGCAAUUCUUGCAGCUCCAGCAACUUGAGGAUGAAAGCUCUCCAAACUUCGUAUCAGAAGUGGUCAAUAUCUACUUCCAUGAAUCCGAGAAACUUUUACGGAAUCUCAGAGGCCUCUUGAUGGAUAGAGAGUUCUCGGACUACAAGAAAAUGGGAACCCAUUUGAAUCAGCUCAUUGGAAGCAGCUCCAGCAUUGGUGCCAAAAGAGUCAGAAAUGUGUGCGUUUCCUUUCGAGCCGCUUCUGAGCAAAACAGCCGCGCUGGGUGCUUGAGAGCUUUGGAGCUGCUAGAGCACGAGUACUGCUACCUCAAGAACAAGUUGCACGAACUGUUCCACAUGGAUCAACUGAGAGUACUGGCAGCUGGAGUGACGUAUCCACCGCAGCAUUGAAAGCAAAGAUCAUGAAGGCUUCCAUUGGGCAUGCACUCGUAAUCUUUUCGUUUCAGGGUUUUUGCUAAAAACCAAGCUAGUCCAACAGAUCCAUUGCUCUCCUUAAAUUUGAUGCUACU